AUAAAGAAAAAUAGAUGAAAUCUCCGCUCGCCUCGACUCCGCCCUCUCCCUCGCAAGCACGCAGGUCUCCUCUCUCGCGCCGCCGCCGCAAAAUCCACGCCUCCACGCCGGUGACUCCUGCUGCGCCGCAUCUCACUGAAUUCUCAGCGGAAGCGCAAGCUCCGCGAGGGGACCCGAGGGAGAAUACGACCUGCAUCAAUCGGAUUGCGGAUCUGUAAGAAAAAUCUGACUCAUGGUACUGGAUUAAACAGCUUAAUUCAUUUGUCUGAUCUGCCGCUUUAUUUCUCUGCAUGGAUGAAUUCUAAGCGUAGGAGGAGUCAUAGUCCAGUUGAAUACAAGGAAGGUCGUGAUAAAGAUUAUGAGACUUCAGGAAGAAAGGAUAACUCAAGAGAUCUAGAAGAGUCAAAAGAUACUAGAUUAGGAAGAGGUCAUGAUUCGGGUAGGCACACUGAUAGGCAUUCCUUUGGAACAUCGCGUGACUCUAAGAGGCAUGAUGACUAUAGGAGGUACCAUGAUAAGUACAGUGAUGAUUAUGGUAGGAGCCAUCCGAGAGCCCCUCGGUCAGAUCGCGAAUCAAGGGCUGAUACCAAUUAUGAUCACUCAAAGCGUGACUACACAUCUGGUAGAUCACGUGGUGACCAGCGAGAUGUUGACAGUAGGUAUGGAGAGAAAUCUGUCAGUCGAGAUCAGCGGAGUAUAAAUGAAAGAAGAAAGCAAGACUCUCCUCGUGCCUAUCAAAGGAAUGAUAUUGGAGAGUACAACAAAUAUACAGAUGCAAGAAACCAAGAGUACAGAGGUUAUGGAGAUGAUAGAGAUCAUUGCAGGUUUGUUGAUAAGAACAAGGAAACUAUUAAGGAGGAUGAAGUCCUGAAGAAGAGAGAUGGAAAAGAAAUUGAGAAAGAAGCUUUGGUCGAAACUAGGGAGAAGAGAAGAGGUCUGUUCAGUUCAACUGGGAUGAAUACUGAUAACCCAGGGGAUGCCAAACUAUCCUUAGUCACAAAUGAAGCGUUGGAUAACUCUGCAGCAACCUUAGAUGAUGGUGUGAAUGCAGCUAAAGUUGCAGCUAUGAAAGCUGCUGAAUUAGUGAAUAGGAAUAUUGCUGCAUUUGGUGCGGGUACUGGGCGCCUAUCCACUGAUCAGAAGAAAAAGCUUCUUUGGGGCAACAAAAAGAGCAAUCCUUCGGAGGAGACAAGUAAUCGCUGGGACUUAAAUUUGUUUUCUGAUCGUGAACGCCAAGAGAAAUUUAACAAACUCAUGGGUGUGAAGAGCAGUGCCCCGGUUCAGGAGAAAAAGGUUGAGAACAUGGACGGGAGCUCAGACGAAGCCAAGAAGCUGGAGGAGCUCGAUACCAACCUAGAGAAGCAUUAUAUAGCAGGACUCCGCCGAAGAGAUGGCAGGACUGUUGGUCUUGGUCUCUAGGGCACUCUGCUUGCAAAUGCUAUGGAAUCGGAAAAUUCGAAAGCCUGCUAUGUAUAAUUUUUUAUGGCUUGUUUAUCCUGGCACGCAGACAGUUAACUACCUGUUUUAUUUAGUUACCUAUGUUACUGUGUAACUUAUCAUUCUGGAGGACUGGUGCACUUGUAUGUUUGCUUAUUAUUGAUCACAAGCACGACUGCAGCUAUUCCUAACAGCAAUUGUUGUUUUCUAAGAUCUUCAGCAAGA